UCGAUAGCUGAAGCGCCUUUCAAGACAAUCAUGUUCCUCAGAACUACAGUGCUUGGAAUGCUUCUUGCCUUCUCGCUGUGGCCAGAGACCGCUGUAGCUGGCUCCAGUUUUUUAAGCCCUGAACAACCUAAGACACAGCAACGAAAGCCUCCCCCAAAGCCUGCAACAAAACUCCACCGCCGAGAUACAGACGCAGUUUUGGAUGUGGACAGGAUUGAAGGAGACACCAAUGAAAUACAAUUAAAGUUUACUGUUCCUUUUGAAAUCGGCAUGAAAGUCUCAGAACAGUAUGACAAAUAUGGCCAACUAUUGGAGAAGUUUCUGGAGGACAUACUUACUGAGGACACUAAAGAUCACAUUAACUCUUCCAGACAGGGGAAAGGCUCCCAGCGACAAAAAACCCAGCUGAAGUAA